CCUUUGCAGAUCAACGGCUUUAUCCAUCCCAACUGCAUCGUUACACUCAACAAUGGUGGGUAAUCAUACUACGAGGUGCCGUCGGCAUUUGACGGAGCGGUUCCGCUAUCUAACUUCUUCACUUAUCUCCAAUACUCAUCCAUCUCUUCGUUUCAACCAUCUCAUUGUAUAUAAGUCGAUAGAGGUAAGAAGAUGGGUGUAUUCUCCAGGAAAUCUGCCGCCCACGAGGCUCCCGAUGACAUCUUCUCAUCUCCAAUAUCGGACGUCGAAGCAGGUGAUAAACCAGCCGCUAUCCAUGCCGAGACCCUCUCGCCCACUGCCACAGCACCACAUUCGAAAUGGCACCUCUCAUCCAAGAACAGCGAUGGCGACACCGCAUUAGCACUCUUCUCCAAUCCAGAUGAGCUCCACGAAUCCAUCUCACCUGCAGAUGAGCGUGCUCUGCAAUGGAAGAUCGAUCUGAUGAUUUUGCCAUAUCUGGCUGUGUGCUAUGCUUUCUUCUAUAUUGAUAAGACGACGUUGAGUUAUGCGGCAAUAUUCGGGAUCAAGGACGAUUUACAUUUGAAGGGAACGGAAUACAGUUGGCUGAGCUCAAUUUUCUAUUUCGGGUUCUUGGCUUGGGCGUUUCCCACAAAUUUCAUGAUGCAAAGAUUUCCCAUCGGCAAAUAUCUGGGAAUCAACAUCUUCAUGUGGGGGGUUUUCUUGAUGCUUCAAGCUUGUGCAAAGAGCUUCACACAACUGGCUGUUCUUCGAGCCUUUUCAGGAGCUGCAGAAGCAUGCUCUGAUCCAUCAUUCAUGUUAAUCACUUCGAUGUGGUAUACUCGAAGGCAGCAACCUCUUCGAAUCGGCAUCUGGUAUACCGCGAACGGAUUAGGAAUUGCUUGUGGUGGAUUGUUAGGAUAUGGAAUUGGCCAUAUCAAAGGUAGUCUUCCAAGUUGGAAGUACGAAUUCUUGAUCAUUGGCGCGCUGUGCACAAUCUGGGGCAUCGUCCUCUUCUUCUUCCUCCCAGAUUCGCCUGUCACAGCAAAACUCCUGACCCCAAAGCAGAGACGCUGGGCAGUUGAACGACUCCGCGAGAAUCAGACGGGAGUUGAGAAUAAGCACUUGAAGAGAUACCAAGUUCUCGAAGCUUUCAAAGACCCGAAGCUUUACCUCUUCUUUAUCCUUGGAGUCGUCGGCAACGUCCCCAACGGCGGCAUCUCAAACUUCGGCACCAUCAUCAUCCAAGGCUUCGGCUUCUCCACCCUGGUAACAACCCUAAUGCAAGUCCCCUACGGCAUCCUGAUCGCCCUCUCAAUCCUCACCUGCGUCUUCCUCAACGACCACGUUUCCCGCCACGGUCUGCAGACCCGCUGCUACUUCAUAAUCCUCUUCCUACUCCCCAACAUCGCUGGAGCCUUCGGGCUCGCGUUCCUGCCUUCAGACAACAAAGGCGGUCGUCUGACCUGCUAUUACCUCACCGGCCCCUACAACGCGGCUUUUGUAAUGAUUCUGAGUCUGCAGACGGCGAAUACGGCCGGGCAUACGAAGAAGGUGGUUACGAACGCGGUGUUGUUUCUGGGGUACUGUACGGGGAAUAUCGCGGGCCCGUUCUUUUACAAGACGGAUCAGAGUCCGCGGUAUGAGUUGGGGAUUUGGAGCAUGAUUGUGAGUCACUUGUUGGAGGUGGUGGUAAUUUUGACUUUGAGGUUGUUGUUAAGUCGGGAGAAUAAGAGGCGGGAUCGGGUGCAGGGGAGGGAAAGGGAUAGGACGGCUUUUAGUGAUAUGACGGAUAGAGAGAAUUUGAACUUUAGAAUAUCGACUUUGUUGAAUUAA